UAACCCCUCUUAUCCAAGGGUAUAAAAAGAGUUGCCUGCCACUAAACCUCCUUUGUUACUGAACAGUGACUAUCUCCUACUCUCUCAUCAACCAUGGACUCACCGCCGCAGAUGUCUGCAUUGGAUGGAGCAGUCUGCCUGAUGGUUAUGACCUUUCAGAAACACCUUAAAGAAGGGGACAGUCUCACCAAGUGUCAGGCCAAGCAACUGAUCAUGGAGGAGAUGCCAGGACUCAUCCAGGCGUUAGAGUGUCAAGGAGGGUUUGAGGCAAAUUUCAAUAAAUUGGAUUUGAACGACGACGGUAAAAUCUCCUUCUCUGAGUUCGCCAUGAUGGUGGGCGGCAUGGCCUGUGCCUGCAAUAAGGAGCUCACCCGCAUGAACCAGCAACAACAGCUCUAAAACUGAAGGAGGACAACCGCACCCUGGGGUGGAGGCGGAUGGCGCCUGCAGAGACAACAUCCCUGCAGUGGCUUCUUUGUUCACUAGAUAAAUAAAGUUAAUACUCAUCAUUUUAA